GGGGAGAGCGUGGGGGAGGUGAACCACGUGGUGAGUUGGCGGGUAAGGCGCUGAGAGCGAGGUACGGGGACCUUCACGCGCAGUGCCGCCGCGUCUCUCGUCACUAGUGGCAUUGACUUUGGCGGGCCUGGUAGCGGGCAUCACCAGCUAUCUGUACAGACAGUCAGACACACAGACAGUACCUCGUGUGACGCUGCCGAGAGAAGAGUGGAGCCGUCCCGUGCCGUCUAGUGCGGGUAGUGGUUUCAGCUUGCAGUGCUGUUGUGAGGACUGGUCUUCUCACUCACUCUCUCACUGCAGCCUCUGCGCACUGUUUUAAGCUCCUCGUCGUUUCAUCGCAGGAUUUCUUUCAUCAUGUUGUCCAAGGGCCGGUUGGUGUACUUCUGUUUCCUGUUGUUGGGUCUGGGAACACUGCUGCCAUGGAACUUCUUCAUCACUGCACAAUCAUACUGGGAUUUCAAGCUGGAAAACAAAACAGCCAAUGGAACACGGACGCAUUUACAAGACUUGUACACACCCAUGCAAGUCUGCCUUUCUCAGAUACCCAACUUUAUAUUCCUAUUUAUUAAUGCACUCUUCAGUCACAAGAUCCCCCAGCGAAUCAGGCUCCUGGCUUCCUUGACGUUAAUGAUCCUGCUUUUCUGCAUCACCACUGUAUUCACCCAAGUGGAUACCAGUGAGUGGCAAAUUGGCUUCUUCGCCCUAACCAUGACUGUCAUCAUCCUUAUCAACAGUGCUGGUGCCAUUUUUCAAGGUGGCCUGUUUGGUGUGGCAGGAAUGUUUCCCGAGAAGUACAUAACUGCUGUGGUGUCAGGCCAGGCCCUUGGAGGUGUGUUUGCUUCAGGUGCACGGAUUGUAUCUCUCUCAGUGGGAGCAAAGGAUGAAAAUUCUGCAUUCAUUUACUUCAUGAUUGCUGUCAUCGUCAUGAUUUUCACUCUGCUGGCUUAUUUAUUCAUGUCAAAAACAGAUUUCUACAAGCACUAUACCAAUUGCCAAAAGCCUGAAAAAGGAUCUGAUGAUGCCCCUCAAGCUGAAAGGACCUUUAGUGAGCAGGUCCAGAUAUUUAAGGAGAUUUGGCCACUGGGAGUAUCCGUGUGGGGUGUAUUUGCUGUCACACUUGGUGCCUUUCCAGCUCUGUGUGUCAAAAUUAUUUCCACUGCAGAAGAUGAAACUUGGUCACAGGUGUAUUUCCAGCCAGUUGUUACCUUCCUUUUGUUCAAUGUUGGUGACUACAUUGGACGUCAAGUGGCUGGGUUUAUGAUGUGGCCUCGGCGUGGUUCCUGGAUUCUGUACUUGAUGGUUGCACUACGAGUUGUAUUUAUUCCAUUGUUCCUGCUGUGCAACCAUGAUCCAAACUCUAGCAUUCCCACGUUGUUUGCUCAUGACUCCUGGUACAUCCUGUUCAUGCUUCUCUUCUCCCUCUCCAAUGGCUACUGCUCAUCACUAUCCAUGAUGUAUGGUCCAAAGCUUGUGACAGAGGACAAGGCUGAGGUGGCCAGCAGCAUGAUGGCAGCCAUGCUGGGCCUGGGCCUGCUGACAGGAGGCCUCUCAUCAUUUGCCUUUGCUCUAAUUAGCUAAGAACUCAACUUCCUUGUGGUACAUGGCGAUGACUAUUGUGGGCUGAUCAAAUCACCCAUGUAUGCUUAUUUGUACUGAGGUUAGAAUAGCCAUUGAGCUCUAAAUGAUAAAAAUUCAAGGAAUUUUUACUAGCAAGUAUUAAGAAAAUUGCCCAUCUCACAAUGGCAGAUAAUUUUUUUUUUCUGGUAGAUUAUGGUGUUCUCGAUGAAUCUACAAAUAAUUUUCACAGCAGAUCAAUAUUUUUUUCUUUGCCCACCUCCCACCAUCCAUAGCAUUAUAAUGAAUUUGUGGUGCAUAUAAAUAGGAGUCAAAAUACUCAGAAUGAAAGGAUCUAACCAAUGGAACAGGUAAGAUUUGCUGCUGUUAAAUGGGCAUAUUUCUUUAUAUAUAGAUGAUGAAGUUCACGAGAUGCAGUAGAGGUGAACAGGGAAAACAUUCAGAGUUCUUUCCUUUUCUUUACUUUAUUCCUUGUAAUAUUUCACCUUCACAGAACGUAAAUAAAUACCAAAUUUCCUUAUGUAUUUAAGAAUCAGUGUAAUGCCCUACCUCCUUUUUAUACGGUGAAAAUUAAUUCUGUUUAGAGGAAAAAUUGCAUGACUUAUUUUUACAUGAAUUUCAAUGGACUUUUUAUGUAUUUAUAUCAUGUAGCCCGGUGAUGUGGCAAGCAUGCUCGGCUCAUACUCAAGAGAGAUUGAGUUUUAAUCCUCAGCUGGCUGGAGACAAAGUAAGGUUGUCUCCUUAACUCCUAAGUGAUGGGUGAUGCAGUGGUGUGCAUCUCAGGGCUUUGACAUGUGAUGCAUAUGUGUGCCAAAUAAUUUUCCUGGUUUAAAUCAAGCAGAGGCAAAAGAGAAAUGUUUUGAGCUUUAUUUGGUAACACUUAUAAAGCUGCUCCCUACCACUUUUUCAUGAUCUUCCAUCUGGUAGUCCAUACAAAGUAAGAAUCAUGGAAGGAAGUGAUUUGCCCUCAUCCCAAUACAUGGCCCAGCGCAAAUGUAAGCCAAUUUUGCCCACUCCCAGUAAGUGCUAUUAGGCAAGGAAUCACAUUCAUGGAACUUCUGGGCACAAUGGAAGAACAUUCCUUUUAAGAUGUGGGGAGAGUGGUGAGGGACAGAGGGGAUAAGACAAGAUAGAAGCUGCAGGUGCACGAGCUGUAGCCAGUGCUAUAUCCAGUGUAACAAACUCAUAACGACAACCACUGUUGUAAAGUGGCUGAUACAUUGUUAUUCGACCUUUACUUCCAGCUGAACUAAGAUAACAAGUCAGACAAAAACACCAUUAGAAAGGAGAAGGAUAGGCACUUUUUAUGCUCUAAGUUUCAUCAUUCUUUGAUCUGUAUUAAAGGAAAUACCAGUAAAAUGGCUGGAAGGCGAUUAACGAGCGAAGCCUGAUAUUCAAUUCACUCUAGCUCAAAAGUCUGCAAGAACGCAAUGGUUCUGCUGUAUACCGUUGGAUAGGAAAUUUCAUUCUGCACUCAAUAAUAUGUGUCUGCUCUUGUUGAGACAAAAAGAAAGUUGGUUAAAAUUGCAGGAAAAUGACCAAAUUACAUUUUUGACACCUUUCUACUAUUUGCAAGUUACCCAUUGACUUCAACCAAUAGAAAAGAUGAAAGCUAUAUCAUAUAAAAUUGAUAGAGUUGUGCUAUCAUAUGGUGUUAAUUUCGUUAUGAUCGGCUGCACAGUUCCAGAGAUAUUAGCAUUUGAAUAGUAUUAUUGUCGGGCUGGGCCAGACCAGGCUGCUCAAAAUAAAAUGGUAACCUCUAUAGUAAACUUCACUUCGCUCAUAAUAACUCUUAAGAAUGAGAGUGAUUUUUCUCUUCAAAAUGCCUGUUAUUAGAAGAGAUUCCACCACUAAAUGCCCAUCGCUUAAGUUUUAAAUGUUGUAAACCCUGGUCACUUAGCAGAGAAUAGGUACAGGGUGUAAGCCAAGAGUUGUGGCCUUGCAACCCAGCAAGAGUGGAAGACAAACAUUCUUGCCCUUCUGUCAUUCACCUAUGGUCAUCUGCUGGUCACCCAGCUAGCCACUCCCCUACAGAAAGAGCUCGACCAAUGACCAAUCUUUGGGUAGGACUGAGACCACUCAUACACCAGGACAGCAAGGACAGACUCCUUGGAUUACAUCCUGUACAUACUUGCUGCCAAAUGAAUAGGGGCUACAGCUUGACUGUCUGCCUUGCCACACCCAGGACUUGAACCCAAGCCUUCUCAGUUGUGAGCCAAGCGUGCUGACUACUACACUUUGCAGUGUGUGUGUGUGUGUGUGUGUGUGUGUGUGUGUGUGUGUGUGUGUGUGUGUGUGUGUGUGUGUGUGUGUGUGUGUGUGUGUGUGUGUGUGUGUGUGUGUGUGUGUGUGUGCCUGCAUAUAUGUGCAUGUAUGCAUGCACCCCCAACAAUAGAUUAGAGAUAAUCUACAAAUCUUUGCCACACACGGAAAGGUAAACAGGCAAAGGUGUGAAAGAUAAUGUUUUCAAGAACCUGAAAUAUUAAUACAUGAUGUGAUGAAAUGUUGAAUUUUGUAAUGCUAUUGAAUUACAUAAUACUCAUCAUUGUAUUAUUGUUUACUCAUGACAAUGAUGUGCAUUUCACAGUAUGAAUAUGGUGAUUUAGAUGUGUAGCUGUACAUGAAGUACACAAAAUGGCUCUCAAUAGAUAGCCUUGACAAAGCAUACCACCAAAGUUGUCAAAGGUAGGGAUAACUUUUUUUUAGUUAACUGUCAUGAUCAUUUAUCAUCAUCAUCAUCAUAUUGAUCAUCAUCACUACCACUGUUGGUAUUACCACCAUCAUGUUUCUCUAGCAAAAAGAGUGUUGGGAUCCAGACUUCAGGAAAGAGGACUAAAUUAUACAAGCCAAACAAGCUUUGCAGUGUGAUCCAUUGACAUGACAUUAGAGUUUGUAAUUUUUCAUGGUAUGUAAGAAAUAAAAAGUAGAUUACAUAACAGAAAAGUCUUUGAAUCAAUCUGCUUUGAAUGUUAUCAUGAAAACUGGUUUUCAGAGCUCAGUAUAUCAGUAUUGUAUAAAAAUGCACAUCACAUUUUAGUCAUAGUGUUAUAUAUAUAUAUUUUUUUUUUAUGAAACUGUUAAUUUGCACUUAUGAUGCUAAAUAAUUCAUGUCAUGGCACAGCAUUUGUUUUUGUUGGCAAAAUACUGUUUGUAUUAUGAUCUUUGUAUUAUCUAUUAGUUCCAUGUGAGCCAAGUAAUUAAAACCAUCACUUUGUCAAA